AUGGUGAUCUGGCAGCUGGACACAAGAACAUCGACAGUCCCUUCAAGUGAUGCCACCUCUUCCUCAACAACAUCGACUUUAACUUCAAGUGAUGCCACCACUACUACAACGACAGUAACUUCAACUUUGACCAACAUUCACUUAACUACGUCGACAGUCACUUCAAGUGAUAACACUGUUCCUUCAACAUUCACUUCAAGUGGUGCCAAAGCUACUACAUCAACAUCAGCAUUCACUUCAAGUGAUUCCACCUCUCCGUCAACAUCAAUAUUCACUUCAAGUGACGGCACCUCUCACUCAACUACAUCAACAGUCACAUCAGAUGAUACUACAUCAACACUCACUUCAAGUGAUGCAACCACUUCUUCAACAUCAAUUAUCACUUCAAUUGAUGGCACCUCCCCCUCGAAAUCAACAUUCACUUCAAGUGAUGGCACCUCUCCCUCGAUAUCAAUAUUCACUUCAUUUGAUGCCAGCUCUCCCUCGACGUCAACAGUCACUUUAAGUGAUGCCACCACUCCCUCAACAGUAGCUUCAAGUGAAGCCACCAAUCCCUCAACUGCAUCGACAUCAACUUCAAAUGAUGCCACAACUACUACACCGACAUUAACAGUCAUUUCAAGCGAUUCCACCACUUCCUCAAAAGCCACUUCAAGUAAUGCCACCACUCCCUCACCUACAUCAAUAGUCACUUCAAGUGAUGCCACAGCUACUACAUCAACAUCAGCAUUAACUUCAUGGGAUGCCACCUCUCGCUCGACAUCAACAGUCACUUCAACAUUCAGUUCAAGUGAUGCCACCUCUCCCUCGACAUCAACAGUCACUUCAAGUGAUGGCACUACUCCCUCAACAGUCUCUUCAAGUGAUGCCACCGCUACAACAUCAACAUCAGCAGUCUCUUCAAGUGAUGCCACCAAUCCCUCAACUGCAUCGACAUCAACUUCAAAUGAUGCCACCACUCCCUCAUCUACAUCAGCAGUCACUCCAAGCGAUAACACUGUUCCUUCAACAUUCACUUCAAGUGUUGCCAAAUCUACUACAUCAACUUCAGCAUUCACUUCAAGUGAUGCCAAAGCUACUACAUCAACUUCAGCAUUCACUUCAAGUGAUACCACCUCUCCCUUAACAUCAAUAUUCACUUCAAGUGAUGGCACCUCUCCCUCGACAUCAAUAUUUUCUUCAAUUGAUGCCACCUCUCCCUCGACAUCAACAGUCACUUUAAGUGAUGCCAACACUCCCUCAACAGUAGCUUCAAGUGAUGCCACCACUACUACAUCAACAUCAGCAGUCUCUUCAAGUGAUGCCACCUCUCCCUCGACAUCAAUAUUCACUUCAAGUGAUGCCACUUGUCAUUCAGCUACAUCGACAAUCACUUCAGACGAUACUACACCAACACCCACUUUAAAAGAUGCCACCACUCCCUCACGUACAUUGACAGUCAGUUCAAGUGUUGCCACCACUCUGUCAACAGUCACUUCAAGUGAUGCCACCUCUUCCUCAACUACAUCAACUUUAUCUUCAAGUGAUGCCACCACCACUAUACCGACAGUAACUUCAACUGUGGCCAACAUUCCGUCAAUUACAUCGAAAGUCACUUCAAGUGAUGCUAGCAAUACUGCAUCAACAUCAGCAGUCAUUUCAAUUGAUGCCACCUCUCCCUUGACAGUCUCUUCAAGUGAUGCCACCUCUCACUCAACUACAUGGACAGUCACUUCAGACGAUACUACAUCAACACCCACUUCAAGUGAUGCCACCACUCCCUCAAGUACAUUGACAGUUAGUUCAAGUGUUAUCGUCACUCUGUCAAUAUUCACUUCAAGUGAUGCCACCACUUCCUCAACUACAUCGACUUUCACAUCAAGUGACACCACCACUACUACACCGACAGUAACAUCAACUGUGGCCACCAUUCCCUCAGCUACAUCGACAGUCAGUUCAAGUGAUGCCACCACUCCCUUAUCUACAUCAGCAGUCACUUCAAGUGAUAACACUGUUCCUUCAACAUUCACUUCAAGUGGUGCCAAAGCUACUACAUCAACUUCAGCAUUCACUUCAAGUGAUGCCAUCUCUCCCUUAACAUCAAUAUUCACUUCAAGUGAUGGCACCUCUCCCUCAACAUCAAUAUUUACUUCAAUUGAUGCCACCUCUCCCUCGACAUCAACAGUUACUUUAAGUGAUGCCACCACUCCCUCAACAGUCACUUCAAGUGAUGCCACUGCUACUGCAUCAACAUCAGCAGUCUCUUCAAGUGAUGGCACCUCUCCCUCGACAUCAAUAUUCACUUCAAUUGAUGCCACUUCUCCCUCGACAUCAGCAGUCACUUCAAGUGAUGCCACCACUCCCUCAACAGUAGCUUCAAGUGAUGCCACUGCUACUGCAGCAACAUCAGCAGUCUCUUCAAGUGAUGCCACCAAUCCCUCUACUUUCAUUUCAAGCAAUCCCACCACUCCCUCAACAGUCACUUCAAGUGAUGCCACCUCUCCCUCGACAUCAAUCGUCACUUCAAGUGAUGCCACCUCUCACUCAACUACAUCGACAGUCACUUCAGAUGAUACUACAUCAUCAACCACUUCAAGUGUUGCCACCACUGCCUCAACAGUCACUUCAAUUACUUUAAGUGAUGCCACCACUCCCUCAACAGUCACUUCAAGUGAUGCCACUGCUACUGCAGCAACAUCAGCAGUCUCUUCAAGUGAUGCCACCAAUCCCUCUACUUUCAUUUCAAGCAAUCCCACCAUUCCCUCAACAGUCACUUCAAGUGAUGCCACCUCUCCCUCGACAUCAAUCUUCACUUCAAGUGAUGCCACCUCUCACUCAACUACAUCGACAGUCACUUCAGAUGAUACUACAUCAUCAACCACUUCAAGUGUUGCCACCACUGCCUCAACAGUCACUUCAAGUGAUGUCAUCACUCUCUCAACUGUAUCGAUAGUCACUUCAGAUGAUACCACAUCGACACCCACUUCAGGUGAUGCAACCUCUUCCUCAACUCCCUCAACAGUCACUUCAAGUGAUGCCACCUCUCCCUCAACUACAUUGACUUUCACUUCAAGUGUUACUACGACACCGACAGUAAUAUUAACUGGGGCCACAAUUCCUUCAACUACAUCGACAGUCACUUCAAGUGAUGACACAACUGCCUCAACAGUCACUCCAAGUGAUGCCACCAAUCCCUCAACUGCAUUGACAUCAACUUCAAGAGAUGCCACCACUACUACAUCGACAUUAACAGUCACUUCAAUUCAUAACACCACUAUUACAUCAACAUCAGCAGUCACUUCAAGCAAUGCCACCGCUCCUUCAAAAUUAGCUUCAACUACAUCGACAAUCACUUCAGACGAUAUUACACCAACACCCACUUUAAAUGAUGCCACCACUCCCUCAAGUACAUUGACAGUCAGUUCAAGUGUUGCCACCACUCUGUCAACAGUCACUUCAAUCACUUCAAGUGAUGUUAGCAAUACUGCAUCAACAUCAGCAGUCAUUUCAAUUGAUGCCACCUCUCCCUCGACAUCAACAGUCAAUUUAAGUGAUGCCACCACUCCCUCAACAGUCACACCAAGUGAUGCCACCAAUCCCUCAACAGCAUCGACAUCAACUUCAAGAGAUGCCACCACUACUACAUCGACAUUAACAGUCAUUUCAAGCGAUUCCACCACUCCCUCAAAAAGCACUUCAAGUCAUGCCACCACUCCCUCAUCUACAUUAAUAGUCACUUCAAGUGAUGCCACCACUACUACAUCAGCAGUCACUUCAAGCGAUAUCACUGUUCCUUCAACAUUUACUACAAGUGGUGCCACCGCUACUACAUCAACAUCAGCAUUCAGUUCAAGUGAUGCCACCUCUCCCUCGACAUCAACAGUUACUUUAAGUGAUGCCACCACUCCCUCAACAGCUUCUUCAAGUGAUGCCACCGCUACUACAUCAACAUCAGCAGUCUCUUCCAGUGAUGCCACCAAUCCCUCAACUGCAUCGACAUCAACUUCAAAUGAUGCCACCACUCCUUCAUCUACAUCAGCAGUCACUUCAAGCAAUAACACUGUUCCUUCAACAUUCACUUCAAGUGCAUUCACUUCAAGUGAUGCCAGCUCUCCCUUAACAUCAAUAUUCACUUCAAGUGAUGGCACCUCUCCCUCGACAUCAAUAUUUUCUUCAAUUGAUGCCACCUCUCCCUCGACAUCAACAGUCACUUUAAGUGAUGCCACCACUCCCUCAACAGUAGCUUCAAGUGAUGCCACCACUACUACAUCAACAUCAGCAGUCUCUUCAAGUGAUGCCACCACUCCCUCUACAUUCACAUCAAGCAAUCCCACCAGUCCCUCAAAAGUCACUUCAAGUGAUGCCACCGCUACUGCAUCAACAUCAGCAGUCACUUCAAGUGAUGCCACCUCUCCCUCGACAUCAAUCUUCACUUCAAGUGAUGCCACCUCUCCCUCGACAUCAACAGUCACUUCAAGUGAUGCCACCACUCCCUCAACAGUAGCUUCAAGUGAUGCCACUGCUACUGCAGCAACAUCAGCAGUCUCUUCAAGUGAUGCCACCAAUCUCUCUACUUUCAUUUCAAGCAAUCCCACCACUCCCUCAAAAGUCACUUCACGUGAUGCCACCUCUCACUCAACUAUAUCGACAGUCACUUCAAGUGAUGCCACCACUACUACAUCAACAUCAGCAGUCUCUUCAAGUGAUGCCACCACUCCCUCAACAGUCACUUCAAGUGAUGCCACCUCUCCCUCGACAUCAAUAUUCACUUCAAGUGAUGCCACUUCUCACUCAGCUACAUCGACAAUCACUUCAGACGAUAUUACACCAACACCCACUUUAAAUGAUGCCACCACUCCCUCAAGUACAUUCAGAGUCAGUUUAAGUGUUGCCACCACUCUGUCAACAGUCACUUCAAGUGAUACUACCACCACUAUACCGACAGUAACUUCAACUGUGGCCAACAUUCCGUCAAUUACAUCGAAAGUCACUUCAAGUGAUGCUAGCAAUACUGCAUCAAUAUCAGCAGUCAUUUCAAUUGAUGCCACCUCUCCCUCGACAUCAACAGUCAAUUUAAGUGAUGCCACCACUCCCUCUACAGUCUCUUCAAUUGAUGGCACCACUCCCUCAACAGUCACUUCAAGUGAUUCCACAUCUCCCUCGACAUCAAUAUUCACUUCAAGUGAUGCCACCACUCCCUCAAGUACAUUGACAGUUAGUUCAAGUGUUAUCGUCACUCUGUCAACAUUCACUUUAAGUGAUGCCACCACUUCCUCAACUACAUCGACUUUCACAUCAAGUGACACCACCACUACUACACCGACAUUAACAUCAACUGUGGCCACCAUUCCCUCAGCUACAUCGACAGUCAGUUCAAGUGAUGCCACCACUCCCUUAUCUACAUCAGCAGUCACUUCAAGUGAUAACACUGUUCCUUCAACAUUCACUUCAAGUGGUGCCAAAGCUACUACAUCAACUUCAGCAUUCACUUCAAGUGAUGCCAUCUCUCCCUUAACAUCAAUAUUCACUUCAAGUGAUGGCACCUCUCCCUCAACAUCAAUAUUUACUUCAAUUGAUGCCACCUCUCCCUCGACAUCAACAGUUACUUUAAGUGAUGCCACCACUCCCUCAACAGUAGCUUCAAUCACUUCAAGCAAUCCCACCACUCCCUCAAAAGUCACUUCAAGUGAUGCCACCGCUAAUGCAUCAACAUCAGCAGUCACUUCAAGUGAUGCCACCUCUCCCUCGACAUCAGCAGUCACUUCAAGUGAUGCCACCACUCCCUCAACAGUAGCUUCAAGUGAUGCCACUGCUACUGCAGCAACAUCAGCAGUCUCUUCAAGUGAUGCCACCAAUCCCUCUACUUUCAUUUCAGGCAAUCCCACCACUCCCUCAACAGUCACUUCAAGUGAUGCCACCUCUCCCUCGACAUCAAUCUUCACUUCAAGUGAUGCCACCACUCCCUCAACUCCCUCAACAGUCACUUCAAGUGAUGUCAUCACUCUCUCAACUGUAUCGAUAGUCACUUCAGAUGAUACCACAUCGACACCCACUUCAGGUGAUGCAACCUCUUCCUCAACUCCCUCAACAGUCACUUCAAGUGAUGCCACCUCUCCCUCAACUACACCGACAGUAAUAUUAACUGUGGCCACAAUUCCUUCAACUACAUCGACAGUCACUUCAAGUGAUGACACCACUGCCUCAACAGUCACUCCAACAGUCUCUUCAAGUGAUGCCACCACUCCCUCAACAGUCACACCAAGUGAUGCCACCAAUCCCUCAACUGGAUCGACAUCAACUUCAAGAGAUGCCACCACUACUACCACUCCCUCAACAGCUUCUUCAAGUGAUGCCACCGCUACUACAUCAACAUCAGCAGUCUCUUCAAGUGAUGCCACCAAUCCCUCAACUGCAUCGACAUCAACUUCAAAUGAUGCCACCACUCCCUCAUCUACAUCAGCAGUCACUUCAAGCAAUAACACUGUUCCUUCAACAUUCACUUCAAGUGUCAGUUCAAGUGAUGCUACAAAUACAUCGACAAUCCGUUCAAGUGAUGCCACCACUCCCUCGGCAUUAAAAGUCACUUCAAGUGAUGCCACCUCUCCCUCGACAUCAACAGUCAAUUCAAGUGAUGACACCACUACAUCAACAGUCACUUCAAGUGAUGCCACCUCUCCAUCGACAUCAACAGUCAAGCCAAGUGAUGCUAUAAAUACAUCUACAGUCCGUUCAAGUGAUGCCACCACUCCCUCGACAUUAACAGUCACUUCAAGUGAUACAACCUCUCCCUCGACAUCAACAGUCAAAUCAAAUGAUGCCACCAGUACAUCAACAGUCACUUCAAGUGAUGCUGCCACUACAUUGACAGUCUCUUCAAGUGAUGCCACGACUCCCUCGACAUCAACAGUCAAUUUAAGUGAUGCUACCACUACAUCAACAGUCAUUUCAAGUGAUUCUACCACUACAUUGACAGUCUCUUUAAGUGAUGCCUCCACUCCCUUGACAUCAACAGUUACUUUAAAUGAUGCCACCUUUUCCUGGACAUCAACUUUCACUUCAAGUGAUGCCACCGCUUCCUCAACUACAUCAAUAGUCUUUCCAAGUGAUUGCACCUCUCCCUCUACAUCAACAGUCACUUCAAGUAGUGCCACUUCUCUCUCGACAUCAACAGUCACGCCAAGUGAUACAACCACUACAUCAACAGUCACUUCAAGUUAUGCGACCUCUCCCUCGACAUCAACAGUCACGCCAAGUGAUGCCACCUCUAAGUCAACAUCAACAAUCACUUCAAGGGAUGCUAACACUACAUCGACAGUCUCUUCAAGUAAUGCCUCCACUCCCUCGACUUUAACAUACACUGCAAGUGAUGCCACCGCUUCCUCAACUACAUCAACAGUCUCUUCAAGUGAUGCCACCUCUCCCUCGACUUCAACAGUCACUUCAAGUGAUGCCUCCACUCCCUCGACUUCAACAGUCACUUCAAGUGAUGCCUCCACUUCCUCGACAGUAACAUACACUUCAAGUGAUGCCACCGCUUCCUCAACUACAUCAACAGUCUCUUCAAGUGAUGCCAUCUCUCCGACGACAUCAGCAGUCACUUCAAGUGAUGCCACCACUACAUCAACAGUGACUUCAAGUGAUGCUACAAAUACAUUGACAGUCCGUUCAAGAUAUGCCACCACUCCCUCGACAUUAACACUCACUUCAUGUGAUGCCUCCACUCCCUCGACAGUAACAUACACUUCAAGUGAUGCCACCGCUUCCUCAACUACAUCAACAGUCUCUUCAAUUGAUGCCACCUCUCCCUCGACUUCAACAGUCACUUCAAGUGAUGCCACCACUUCCUCGACAUUAACAGUCCCUUCAAGAAAUGCCACCUCUCCCUCGACAUCAACAGUCACUUCAAGUGAUGCCACCAAUACAUCAUCAGCCACUUCAAGUGAUGCUAUCGCUACAUCGACAGUGUCUUCAAGUGAUGCCACCACUCCCUCGACAUUAACUGUUACUUCAAGUGAUGCCACCUCUCUCUCGACAUCAACAGUCUCUUCAAGUGAUGCCAUCUCUCCCUCAACUACAUUCACAGUCAUGCCAAGUAAUGACACCUCUACGUCAACAUCAACAGUAACUUCAAGUGAUGCCACCACUACACCGACAGUAUCUUCAAGUGAUGCCACCUCUCCCUUGGCAUCAACAGUCACGCCAAGUGAUGCCACCUCUCCCUCGACAUCAACAGUUACUUCAAGUGAUGCCACCAAUACAUCGACAUUCUCUUCAAGUGAUACAACCUCUCUCUCGACAUCAACAGUAAUUUCAAGUGAUGCCACCACAUCAUCAAAAGUAAAUUCAAGUGAUGCCACCAGAACAUCAACAGUCACUUCAAGGGAUGCAACCUCUUCCUCAACUACGUCUACAGUCACGCCAAGUAUUGCCACCUCUACCUCAACAUCAACAUUCACUUCAAGUGAUAAUUCCACUACAUCAACAGUCAGUUCAAGUGGUGCUACCACUACAUCGACAGGAUCUUCAAUUGAUGCCACCUCUCCCUCGACAUCAACAGUCACGCCAAGUGAUGCCACCUCGAAGUCAACAUCAACUGUCACUUCAAGUGAUGCUACCACUACAUCGACAGUCUCAACAAGUGAUGCCACCUCUCCCACAACAUCAACAGUCACUUCAAGUAAUUCCACCACUACAUCAACAGUCACUUCAAGUGAUUCCUCCACUCCCUCAACUUUACCAUACACUUCAAGUGAUGCCACCGCUUUCUCAACUACAUCAACAGUUUCUUCAAGUGAUGCCCCCUCUCCCUCGACAUCAGCAGUCACUUCAAGUGAUUACACCAAUACAUCAACAGUCACUUCAAGUGAUGCUACCACUACAUUGACAAUCUCUUCAAGUGAUGCCAACACGCCCUCGACAUUAACAGUCACUUCAAGUGAUGCCACCAAUACAUUGACAGUCUCUUCAAUGUUAACAGGUACAGAUACCUCAGCAGUUGUAGCAGUAUCUACGCCGUCCACCCCUUCACCGGGACUAACAUCCAGAGACACUACUUUGGUGACAACAAUCAAAACCACUGUUGCAGAAUGCAAUGCUCUGUUGAAUGUCAUCAGGCUGGAGGAUGUCACCAGUAAGUUAAUCAGUGUGAGUUGGACUGGUAUUCCUCUGGACCAGCAGAUACAGUACAAGGUGAAGCUGGCAUCUAAUUCCAACACAACUCAGAUUGAGACCUCAGCCACCAAAGCUGUUUUCUCAGACCUUACUCCUGGAACCAUAUACACUCUGACUAUUGAGUACUUAUCCUGCUACAUCAAGAAAAACAUUUCAAGAGACAUAAUCACUGCUGGAAAGGUCUAUGAAUCUUCCACUCGAAUUCCAGGCAGAGAGUUUUUGUCUGAUUAUUCAAAUCACACCAGCAAACUUUACAAAGACUUUGUGGCCAAUUUUACCAUGCAGGUUGAAAAGAAUCUCCCAAAAGCAUACCAGGACCUUAUCAGGGCUAAAGAAAUGGUGGUGGUUGUGACAGGUGUUCACAGAGGAAGUGUGAUCGUUGACUUUGAUCUGGUCACUGCUCUGGAGGUCAAACUGUCAACCUCUGACGUGCAGAACAGUGUCAUCAAUGCGCUGAAAUCAUCUGUACUCGGAGUAGAUCUGAAUUUCACCUCAGUCAAAGAGGCAGAUAUCUGCCAACGAGGCGAUUACACAUGCUCAAAAAAUGCCAGCUGUGUCAGAGAGGGACCCUCACAUACAUGUGAAUGUAAGGCAGGAUUCUACGAUGAAAACCCAACCGUACCGGGUACUGACUGCAAGAGUGAGAAAACUUUGUUGCUUGAAAUGUGGGCCACACUUUACAUGAAAUAAGUACCUUAUACAAGAGUAACUACCAGUGGAGGAACUUAUGUUAUCACCCUACAUUGACCAAACAUCUGUCUGUUCUUUGUAGGAGUUUCCCAGAUAUCAAUGGCCCCAGGAGCAGGCUGGAAAGUGGCGACAAUAGUCCUGGGAGUUCUGCUGGGCUUCACUUUGAUAGUCGUGGUUGUCGUUCUGAUCAUCACCAUAGCGAGGAGAGCAGCUAGCAAGCUGACCUCAUAUAACAUCGAGCAAACAAAGCACAACAGACAAGUGGUGUCCGAUGACUACUUAGAAGGACGUUAUUCUUAUCAGGUGUAG